AUGGAGAUUUGUCCUCCCGAACCACCUAAAGAAACGCGUCCAGUUUCGAUCAUCGAAGCAAAAAAUAAAAUUCGGCUAGAUCAUGAUGAAUGCUGCAAUUGUUGUUGCUGUUGCAUACCACAACCCACUGCAUUUGAAUACGUUCAACCGGAAGUACCGAAAUCAUUUCGACCAAUUCAAUAUUAUAUGAAAUCGGAUAUACCAAUAGAAGAUGCUACAACUUAUCGAUAUUCUUAUUGGGAUGGGCCACGUCCAUUAGUUGAAGCAAUAAAACCCAAAGAUUGUUUGACAGUCGGUGACGGUAGUAUAACCGAUGAAACAAUUCAUAAAGUUAAUAAUCAUUUUCUUUUAGUAAUUAAUUAAUUCAGAAAGAGAAAAAAAAAUCAA